UAAUACUUUGUCAGAUAUUUCUAGAAUCUUCGGAAGUGUUUACUACAAUGACCGUCAGAUGUCGCGAUGAUUUGUUUUUUAGUAGGGGCCAGUGACAAUAAAACGCUGGUGUCCAUGCUUGUUUCUUUCUACUCGAUUGCCGUCCUCUUCAGCGAGAAGUUUGUCAACAACAGGUGGGUCGUGGCAGGGGGUGAGGAAAGAUCCAGAAGAAGUUUAAGGAAAUGAAACCGAAAAUCGAUUACAACUCGGACGGUGGUCUGUGCAGCAGCUCGACAAGCGUUUCGGGUGAAGACACCCCCAAUCGCGAUGAGCGAUGUCAAAGCCCGACGGAUUUUGAUUACACUUCCGGUAACAAAUCUUUGGCAGAAAAGAUUCGUUUGCGCAUCGAAAGUGGCGAAAAAUUUUUCUCGUUGGAAUUUUUCCCUCCUAGAACAAAAGAGGGUGCCGUUAAUCUAUUAGCAAGAUUCGAACGACUGAGGUUAGCUUGCCCUUUGUUUUGCGAUGUCACGUGGCAUCCAGCUGGCAACCCGGGUGGCGAUACCGAGACCUCGUCAAUGACCAUUGCCAGUGCUGCGCUCAACUAUUGCGGCCUGGAAACAAUGUUGCACUUAACGUGCUGUAACCUUAGUCGGGAAGAUGUUAUCAAGCACCUUAACCGGGCAAGAGAAAUGGGCAUCAGGAGCAUUCUAGCCCUUAGGGGAGAUCCACCAAUCGGUCAAGAUUGGCAUCCACCGGAAAAUGGGUUGAAAUAUGCAGUCGAUCUAGUGCGGCUGAUUCGCAAUCUCUUUGGCGACGAUUUUAGCAUUUGCGUGGCUGGAUAUCCCACUGGUCAUCCGGAUGCUACUUCGUACGAAGCCGAUUUACUACACUUGAAAGAGAAGGUGGAUGCAGGAGCUGAUUUCAUCAUCACUCAAUUAUUCUUUCGCGCCGAAACGUUCAUCAAAUUUGUGCGUGACUGCAGAGCAUUGGGUAUCAACGUGCCCAUCAUUCCUGGAGUGAUGCCCAUCCAGUCGUACGAUUCACUCCGUCAAAUAGCCAAACUUUCUAAAUUAGAAGUGCCUGAAGAAAUAAUAAACAUUGUAGCGCCCCUCAAAGACAACGACGAGGCUAUCCGAAAUUACGGCGUCCAACAGGCCGUCAGUCUCAUUCGCGAAUUGUUUAAUGCCGGCUUAGCGCCCGGCGUUCAUUUCUACACGCUCAACAGAGAAGUGGCAACAACAACCAUUUUGAAACAGUUGGGUCUUUGGGUGACGGAACCUAGACGGCCCUUACCUUGGCGCAGAGCCGCCAACGCCAAACGAUCCACAGAAACUGUGCGUCCCAUUUUUUGGUCCUCAAGACCGAAAGCCUAUAUCUACCGGACCCGCCACUGGGACGAGUUUCCUAACGGACGUUGGGGUAAAUCUGAUUCACCUGCAUUCGGUGAACUCAAGGAUUAUUAUCUCUUUUAUUUGAAGAGUAAGAGCUCCAAAAAUGAUCUGUUGCGCAUGUGGGGAGAGGAGUUGUGUUCAGAGCAAGAUGUCUGGGAUGUUUUCCAUUGCUACCUGUCAGGACAGCCCAACAAAUGUGGCGUCAAAAUCACCAAAAUCGCAUGGAACGAUGAAGAGCUGAGUUCAGAGACAUCACUACUUCAAGAGAAAUUAUCAGAGUUCAACAAAAAAGGAGUGUUGACUAUCAAUUCUCAGCCAAAUGUGAAUGGAGCUCCUAGUGACGAUCCGGUCGUCGGAUGGGGACCCAGAGGCGGUUACGUUUAUCAAAAAGCUUAUCUCGAAUUUUUCACGUGCCAAGCCAAUGUCCAGGCUCUCUUGAAAGUGUUGCCCAGUUUUCCUAGGGUCAAUUUCCACAUCAUCAACAGCAACGGCUCAGCUGAUUAUACCAAUUGUCACAGACAUAGACCAGUGGCUGUGACGUGGGGCGUUUUCCCUGGACGUGAAGUCCUGCAGCCGACGGUGGUCGAUCCCGUUUCGUUCAAAGUGUGGAAAGACGAAGCUUUUGCUCUGUGGCGAGAACAGUGGGGCAAACUGUAUCCGGAAGGGUCGACUUCACGUGAUCUUUUGACUCGAAUCUCUGAGACUUACUACCUCGUCAAUUUAGUAGACAAUGAUUUCCCUCGUGAUAGUUGCCUGUGGGAGCUUCUCAACGCCAUGUUUGCCCAACGUGAGCUCGACAAUAUGAGCGAUUUUAUCCAGCAAGAUUCCGACGUCCAUUUGGAUGCUGUUGAUCACUACGAGAAUGGUCUGAGAUUGACAAGACGCCAGGAUUCACAAGGCGAUGGGAGUUAUACUCAUUACACGAUGGAAGAAUUGGUGGAAGCAGCACAUCGUCAAGAGAUGCACGAUGAAAUUGUGACAGGCGAAGGACACCAGUGACACAUUUUUUUUUAAUUUUUCUCUACAAGAAUCUUCUUUGGGAGGACACCAAUAGUUAGGACUUGAUAUUUUCAAAUUAUUUUGAUUCUUUAUUUUGUGCGUUCUUGUUUUUACACGAUGCCAUGAAAAGAAAUAAGUUAAUGAGUUGUGAAAUUACAUUGAACCAGAGUCAUAGAGGGGAUCCAUCUAUGACUCUGAUUGAACUAUUGAAGGAUGGGUGCAUUUAAUAAAAAGGGAUAAUAGAAAAAUGCAACAGUG